AUGCACACGCUCGGCAUCACUGAAAACAUGUUGGAGCCAAGCCGCACGACAUUCCACGGCAUAGUACCGGGCUUGUCCUGCUCCCCAAUGGGAAAAGUCCGGUUUGAUGUCCUGUUUGGUGGCCUGGAUAACUGUCUGGUGGAGAAUAUUCUGUUCGAAGUGGUUGAUCUGGACAACCCUUACCAUGCCCUACUGGGAAGGCCGGCAUUGGGAAAGUUAAUGGCCUCUAGCCAUACGGCAUACACAAAGAUGAAGAUAUCGGCACCCAACGGCGUCAUAACUGUGGUGGGAAACUACAAGGUCUCGCUGGACACUGCUUCAGCCGGAUCAUGCUUGGCCGAAUCAGUGGUCAUAGCGGAAGAGAAGAAGAGGAUCCAGACUGCUGUCGUGCUAGCACAAUCAUCCCAGUUGAACUUAGCGGCACUGAGCAGCCCGCUUGGCGGAAUGGCAUUCAAGCCACCAAAGGAGACAAACGAUAUUGUCAUGGACCCGUCAUACCCAGAGCGCACCAUCUGCAUCGUUUCCGGACUGAGUGAGGCAUAG